UCUAGGAUUCAAAUUUAUAUUUCCAGAACUAUACAAAUCUAAGGAUGGGAGAUACUGACGCUCAGGACCUGAAGGGAGGACAUGCCCCUGCUCUCAAGGUUGGAGGGAUGAGGGUUGUCCAGAAAGCUCCGAGAGAAGAUAAAUCCGAAUCACCUGUCAAACCUACUGAUGAGGAGAUUGAGGAGUUUGGAGAGGAUAAGAAGGAGAAGAAUGCUGAUAUUGUUGUAUCUGGAGCUAAAAUGGGGGUCGAGGAGGCCUUCCCUAAAGCUGCAAUUCAGGCCUUCCAUGAGAAGCCUGUUCCAACUCAUCAGAUGGGGGCGUCCAACAAACCCAAGAUUAUCCAGCAACCAUGCAAGAAAUAGAUUAAAUGUCUAUUCAUUCUCGUGCUCAACUGAUAAUCAUAAGUGUUCAAUGUUCAUUGUUCAUUUUGCUGUUCAGCAUGUUUCGGCAGUUUAUUAUUCCUCUGCAUUUUAUUUGAUAAAUUUACUUUUCGGUGUCUUAUUAACCCUGUGAUUACAAACAUUUAUGUAAACAUAAAUUCAAUUUUCGCAUUUA